ACUCUUAUGCGAUUAUUCAAUGUGAGUGCACUGCUGGAAAUGGAGUCGUCUUUAGCAGUGCUGGUGCUCAUUACUUUUGCGCGGUCUGCAGCGCUCGAUUUGUUCCUUGUGAAGAACGUCCAGAACAACACCUACGACUGUGUGUCAUUCGAGGAUGCAAACAUUGACGAUGUGUUCGAAGCUACUUACAUGACCCACACACGCACAGGAACCUCAGAUCAUGAAAUCAGCGAAAUCAAGGAAAGCGGUUAUUCCGAAUAUUUGACGGUUGUCCAGAAUAAUAAGAGACUAGUAACAACUAUGGUGAAUUUUACAAACAACGAGUCGAUUUUGAGCCAAUUUGGAUUUAUCUUUGAUCACGGAUGGGAAGGAUUCCCGACUUUCCGGAGUGGUGUGAUAGACAUGCUGACCACAAUUCCGACGUAUCUAAGAAUAUCUCUCUGGGCGAAAGGACCGUGCUAUCUUAAAAUUGGAAAUUUCGUACAGCUGAAAUUUGCACCAACUGAGAGUGGUUUGCAUGCAAAAGUUUCGGUUUCCUUAACCAAGAUUGAACAAGAAGUGAAUUUUCUCGCAAACCGAUGGAACCACUUUUCAUUGAAAUAUGAAAAAGACGCAAAGCGUUUAGUUAUAUCAGACAGUAAUAACAAAUCAAUUAGUUUGCCAAUAAGUGUUUUGAGCUGGCCUACAAAUUCCGAAAAGUUCGAUUUGUCUUUUGAUUCAGACGAUGGAGAGGCUCGAAUCAAACUUCAUAAAUACAAGGCGAUGUAUUUCAACGGAAGCUCGAUUGGAGGUGGAAUCAAUAUUUUGCGAUCGAAAGUGACAUACUGUUUAGCGAUUAGUCACGUGAGUAACAGUAAAACCACAUUCAAGAUCAAAUCUGGAAACAAUCAGGCAUAUUUCCCAGUAGCGUUACAAUGGCGGAAUAGAUUUUUCAAUGUUAAGCGUGAACUUGUGCUAGGAGUUCGACUCGAAGGAAAGUCAGCAACUGCCAGAUCUUUCUUGGCCAUGAGGUUUCUAGACACAAAUUGCGUGUACCGGAAUGGACAUAAGCAGAUUUACACGAGAAAAUUCACCCAAGUGCCGAGCAAUUCUAAAGUCAGUUGCAUGACGGUGACAAAUUCCAAAACUGUGACUGAAAGUGCAGUAUCCACACUAUAUUGGGAAGACUCUUCAAGAUUGGAGGACCUCUGUAAAAAUCAAACAAACCAAUGCAGGGGAUACAUAUUUUGCGGCGAGAAAGGGUGCACGUGCAUACCACCGUUCACAGGCCCAUUGUGCUUGGACAGUUGUAACCGUUUGAGUGCGUACGGAUGCGGUGCGCCAUGCGGUUCCUGCCGAAGCGCCUCUGACUGCGACGAAAAGACAGGAAAAUGUAAGGUGUGCAUCAAAGGAUACCGCAAGCCACAAUGCACGCAGAGGCUGCUGCAAUUCCGACUUAAGCCGGAAAUAGUGGAAGGCGAAAGAUCUAUCAGCUUGCAGAAAGCGUUGAAGAAUUUGACAUCAGAGGAAACUGCAAAAAUCAAGACUGUUGAAAUUCAAUACAAGAUGUUAAAUGAAAGCGAUUUUUCAACAUUCCACAAAUUUGAGCCAAACUCGCCUUUCAACGAAACUUAUGCUCUUCCGCGUGUACAUAUUGGCUCAGAAUACCAAUUUCGAGCUGCUAUCAGGGAGAAGGACGAGGAAAACAUCUUUAUCGAUAACACGAACGACAUGGUUUUAGAUUUCGUCUUCUCUGAGAGCAACGAUACCAAGAGCAAGGAUUACCACGAAGACGAUUCGCCUUUAGAAUUAUUUGUGUCAAUUUUAAGUGCUUGCCUUGCGGUAGCUAUUCUCUUAAUAUUGACCGGGUGUUUAUGCAGAAUGCGAAAAAUGCGACAAUCGUCUACAGUUGUUUAUAGCUCACAAGUUCACGACUCACAAUCAGCAUCCAUAGUGGAUAAUAACGAUUACAUGGAGGAAGAAACUAAGGUCAAGAGUCUAAUUUACAGCGAAAUCCCACAAGCACAAGAACACAUAUAUGAAGAGUUGGAUCCACUUUAUGCUGAAACUAACCAGGGGAUGGAUGUCCGUGCUUACCAAAUUUUCGUGGAAACGAGUCUGCGCGAGAAAACUUUUAAAAAGCAAUUUAAAGCUAUCAAAGAAGCAGCAGGCAUACGGGAAAUGGACUACUUGGCUCCAUUAUCAGGCGAGAUUAUUCUGGAGAAGGAUAAAGGGUUACGAACGCGUUCUUUCUAUUACGAUGGGUUCAUGUGCAGCAAGCGAUAUAUAGCGACAGAGUGUCCGAAGCGCAAAGAUGCCUCAAAUUUUUGGAAAUUGGUUGUCCAAGAAAACGUCCAGUCGGUGGUUUUGUUGGCUGACGCAGAGAUUUACUGGCCACAGGAAGUGGGCAAGGAAAUCAAAUUCGACUCUGUAGCUCUGACUGCCAUUGAGCGAUAUUCGUUUUGCCACUUUGAAAUUGCGACGAUCAAAAUUAGCACUGGUGGAGAAAGGAGAACAGUCCGCCACCUUCACUUCAAAACUUGGUUUCAAAAUGAUUUGCCUCAAGAGCACCUAACACUGGCUCAGUUUAUAGAGAAGGUCAACCCGGACUGCCACAAGCACGGCCCGAUUUUGAUUCAAUGCGCAUCGAAAAUAUCCAGGAUUGGGAUUUUUAUGUAUGUUCACAUGUGCAAAGAUAUGAUUUACAAAAAGGGAGUAGUGUACCCAGAGCAAAUUCUUUCCUUCAUGUUCAAGCAGAGCAUCCACUUUAUGGAUUCACACAGGCAAUACAUGUUCGCCAAUUUGGUGCUCUUGGAAUGUUUGGUGGCCAACAAAGGCAUGCUGUGUGCCAAUUUCGAACACUUUUAUAAGAGACUGCACAAGGAUAAAAGUGUAUUGAUUCAAAGUUACAAUGAACUUAACGAGCAAAUAUCGAAGGACGCAGAGUGCCGGAACUGUUUGGGAGUGACUUCCAAGGAAAGAAGCUUGAAUAUGUUUAUCAUAGAUGGAUUUUCUGCAGAAAAUCAGUUUAUCAUAAUCCCGAAGCCAAAACCAAUUUAUUUUUGGGGUUUGAUGACUGAGCAGAAGAUGCAACAAGUGGUGAUUUUGGAUGAGAGUAUUACAAAAACGAAUGGAUUCCUGCCUCAGAAAAAUUCACCUUUAACUUAUGGAAACUUGAAUUUAUCUUUGGAGGGAGUUCAUGUUACAAAAAUCUUUAAAUCUCUACAGGUUGGGAUCAAUAACACAGCACGGCUCAAAGACAAUGCACCACCUAGAAAAAUUGUGAGCGUAAUGGUUUUUCGAGGAUGGAGGGAAAACUCGCUCCCAUCUCCCUUGGAUUUGGUGAGUUUUUGGAAUGAGAGUGAGAUUUGUAGAGGCGGCCCUCAGAAAACUCUGCUGGUUUGCAACAAUGGCUCUAGCUGCUGCAGUCUAUACUUGGCGGUAGGACUUAUAAUUGAAAAAAUCAAACUUGAGCAGUUAGUUGACGUUAACUGGCCAAUUCGAAAGCUACGCCAAGAAAGUGAGAAUAUGGUCCAGGGCAUCGACCAAUAUAAAUUCAUCUUAGAUGCAACUAUGGACUUCUUGCGGUGGCAUAGUGACUAUUCUAAUUUUAACUGAUAUUUUAAUUAAAUACAUGGUUUUUCUGUAAUCCACAA